ACUUCAUUUUGAAGCUAUCUGCGGGUUGACCAUUUGAAAGUUGACCUAUCACGACCGAUUGGAAAGUUCGUCUGCCGUCUGGAUGCGAUGGCUACUAUGGAUAUGAAUCUCGGCCUUGUCCUGCACGGACCCAAGGAUAUGCGCUUGGAACAUGUCCCAAUCAGUGAUGUCGGGGAAAAUGAGGUUGAAGUGGCAAUUGCAUCAGUCGGAAUUUGUGGCUCCGAUAUCAAGUACUGGUUGCAUGGAAAAUGUGGACGAUACGUUGUCAAAGAGCCGAUGACCAUGGGUCACGAGUCUAGCGGGAUGAUCACAAAAGUUGGACCAGGGGUGAAAGGUAUAAAAAUAGGUGACCGUGUUGCUAUCGAACCAGGGGUCCCAUGUCGUAUGUGUCAACUCUGCAAGACGGGCAAGUACAAUGUCUGCCCGUCAGUCCGUUUUUGUGCAACGCCACCUAUACACGGUAAUCUCUCCAGACGUUAUGUCCACGCCGCAGACUUUUGCCACAAAAUUCCAGAUCACGUAACAAUGGAUGAGGCGGCUAUGUUAGAACCUCUGUCUGUAGCCGUGUACAGCUGUGAACGAGGCUCCGUCACCCUAGGGUCGAGGGUUGUCAUUUUCGGCGCCGGUCCAGUCGGCUUAUUGUGCCACCUGGUGGCGAAGGUCAACGGUGCAAUCCAAACAACAAUUAUAGAUAUUGAUGAAUCAAGACUGCUCUUUGCGGAGAAACUCGGGGUGGACCAUGUGAUCCGAGCAAACAAUUAUGACGUCACAGAACUAACGAAAAUAAUUUUGGCUACGACCGGUUGCCGGCCAGAUGUAUCUUUGGAAUGCAGUGGUGCUGAUUCAAGCUUGAACUGUGCUCUUCAGGUCACCGAAUCUGGCGGCAGCGUGAUCAUGGUUGGACGGGGGUCUCUUGAACCCAAAGUAUCUGUCAACGUCCUAUGCCGUGAGAUUGACAUCAAGGGCAUAUUCAGAUAUGCCAACAGCUAUCCGAAGGCCCUCUCCCUGGUCUCGUCCGGCAGGAUCGAUCUCCGACCGCUUAUCACCCACCAUUUCUGUUUGGAAGAAAGCAUCCGGGCAUUUGAGACGGCCAUAUCACGUGACGAAAUGGCCAUCAAGGUCAUGAUUCACUGUGAUCAAAAUGCACAUAUUGGCCUCAGUGAAGGAAAGGCAGAGCAUCCCUCUACUGCUUAAAAACCAGUUGGUGGCCUAUUAAUCCUUUAGACAUAUGUAUGAAGGCUCCGGAUCCCUUCAAUUAGAAUACCGAUUUAAAAUAGACAGCACUGUACAUCGACGAUUGUUGGAUAUCUCUGGCAGCAAGUAUAGUUUAAUCCAUUUUUGCUGGCAGGAAGAUUGCGAGUCUGAAUGAGUCACGAGGUUGGUCGUGUAACUAAUAGAUGGAGAGUAAAAUGGGUCUUUUACGUGACUUUAUUUCAUGCAUAUUCAAACAAACUAAACUGUGUUUUUUACAAAGUGUUGUGGAUAGGAAAAUAU